CUACCGAUUCACUAUGAGAAUAGACCAAGAAGCGGGCGGUAAAGUGACAAGAAAAACGAAGUCUCUGUACUAAUACAGGACGCAAAAUGCGGAGAAUAGCGCAGCCUCGGAUUGAGAGAUGCAUGGCCUUUUGUUACGCGGGAUUCUUCGUGCUCUUCUUCGUCACAAUGGUGGUGGAAGAUGCACGCGAACGCCGCAACCGCAACCGCAGUGAAAGCGUAACGAUUGUGUUUGUAAUUUGCAAAAACCAAUACGACGACGGCCUGAUCGCUGUGAAAUCAGCGAUCGCCUACUCCAAGUCUCCGAUGCGCAUAAUCAUCAUCACUGAUGACAUCGGCCAGAAAGAUAUGCUUAAAGAGGUUGGUUCGUGGCCAGGAGAGAUCACAAAGCGUGUUCGCGUCGACAUCCAUCCUCUACGGCUCCCGGACACGUACAACUUGGAGAACACGCUUGGACCGUGCGCCGCGCAGGAACUGUUCCUUGCGAGCGCACUUCCGCAAGAGGGUGCGGUCAUCUACGCGAACGCCGAAAUGGUGUUCCUUCACCCGGUCGAGAACCUGUGGAAGAUACUGGCCGCCAUGGACGGACUCCACUUGACCGCCAUGGCGCCAGAAACGGAGAGCGCUGUCCGCAUUUGGUACCAGUUCAUGAGGCAGGAACCACCGCCGCUGCCUUUCGGUAUGACCUCGGGCCUGGUGCUCAUGAACCUGACACGCAUGCGUGAGUUGGGCCUAGAGCAACGCCUGACAGAACUCGACCGAGAGACUGCGGCUCCCGGGCGUCGAGGGGACAUGCUAAGCAACCUCUUCACCGGACGCCCCGAAGCUCUGCGGACAUUCAGUUGCUGCUGGCACUUCCACUCGGGCCACUGCAACGGAUCUGCGCUGUGCAUAGACGGGCCGGUGGCCGCUGUUCGUGGAUCGCAGCAAGUGCCGGCAUUCGCGGCGCUGCGUGACUCUAUGCGACAGUAUGUGCUGGGCGGCAGCCUCGAGAAAGAGUUCGUCGCUCCACUGAGCGCGCGCCUCGACAGCAUGAUGCCGUCCAACUGCUCAAUGCACUUCAAGAGGCAACUUCCCAUAUGGCUGCAAGUGGCCCGCCACGUCGACAACGAGUCGGUGCCCAUAACUCUCGACCGCAACCUCUUGCGCUUUCAACACCCGCCGCUACCGGGACAGUGAAAGCGGAUCGAGGCGUUCGGACCACGUGAUGGAUCGAGGCGAGCUUCCGCCUCCCUGACGGUGCGGCUGUUCCAAGAAGGAGGACGCCUAUGCUUGGAAGCGUUACGUGCUGCGCUCGCGCUAUAAAAAUUCCAUUGAAUAUUCAGAGAGAACACUUUUUAUGUUUACGCGUCGCUGCUGAACACGGUCGUUAGUGAAUAAUGCGGUGUGAUUUCGUUUUGCUCGUAGAAAUUACAUUAUAAAGGCUAGCGAUGUUGUGGAUGUUCUUUGAUAUGCGAUGCUCAUCACGGUAACAUUCAGUGUGAUGCUAGAGAUGAGGUUUUAUAUCAGAUGUGUCAACAAAUAACAAAUGAAAGCAUUAAUUGCGCUCGAUAUGCAAUAUACUUCCGGUGAAGCGUACACUAGCAUAAACAUGUGUGCCUUUUGAGGAGUCUCCGGCGCCUCCGGAGCCCAACCACCCGUAUGCAGCUACGAGAGCGCCCGAUCACACGGGGUUUUCAGCUCCUUGUCCAUGAUGAUAUCGUUUAGGCGAUUGGCAAAGCUAGCCCUAAGCUUUAAACCUGCCUAGCACUGGAGUUGGGCUCCAGCUAAAGCUUCUUCUUAAGAGGAAGUUUUAGCUUGGGCCCAACUCUGAUAUGCCACCUAUUCAAUUACAUGCAAAAGGCAGAAGUGCUUUUCAGAGAUAACCACUGUGCCCAUAUUAAUGAAACUUUCGGCAUUUGAGAGAAAAGGUUAAAUUGUAGUGCCUGUUGGAAGCAGAAUUUUGAUUGAUGAUAUGAAUUAUGUUUAAAAAUUGCCGAAAAUUAGUAAGAUUGAAAAAUUGAAAAAAACAUGGAAGAGGGCCUGUUCCACAAUUGAGUUGCUGGUGGAAGGAAAGAAAGUGUAAAGCAGAUCAGUUGCGACCUAAGCGGGACAAUGUUCCUCGAAUCUGUGCGCCUGGGUUGGCGCACAGAGCUGGUGACGAAAGAUGAACGCAUACAUGAACAGAACUGACAAUUUUGUGAAGCAUAAUAAGACGAUCACAUGUGCGUGUCUGAGCCAGCGACUGUACGAAUAAUAGCUGAGCACGCGAAGAGGGCGAGAAAUGGCGAUCGCACCUGUCAUAUAAACCGUAUGGCAUUUUUUUUUGUACAGCUUCAAGUUUAUCUGUUCGCAUUGAUAGUGAGGAUACCAAAUUAUACAGGCGUAUUCAAGAAUGGAUCGAACUAACGUUUUGUAUACCGGGAGUUUACACUCUUUAGUGGAAUUUUUCAGCGUGUGUUUGACGUAACCAAAUUUCUGAAGUGCUUUUUAACUAAUGAGGUCAACGUGCUCGUGCCAUAUUAAAUUAGUCGUGAAAGUGACUCUACGAUACUUGAAUUCAUUGGCGCACUCAAGGUAUCUGUUUCCGUUGCUGUGCACGAAAUACAAUGGCUCUUUUUUUUAGUAAAUGUCAUUGCCACUGUUUCUUAAAAUUAAUCGACAUUUGCCAGGACCAGUGGUAAAAGGAAGCAAAAACGCAAUUUAACUCGAGUUGGUCUGCAAUGCUAGUAACGUUUGCAUAAAGCACACAGUGGUCAGCAUACAUACAAAGUUUGACCUACAAAGUUUGCUACUAAUGACUUCGAUUGCAUUGUUUAUGUAUAUAAUUUAUAGUAGUUGCCCGACGACCGAGCCCUGCGGAACACUUGAACUAACGGUAGCUGACAAAGAGUGAGCGUUGUUGAGAGAAGCACUCUGAGACCUGGAAUACAAAUAGGUAGUCAGCCAGUCAAGAAGCUUGGGAUUUUUAUGCACCGGGCGUAGUGUAACGAGACGUUUUUCAUGACAGACUGUGUCAGAUGUAUUCGCUUAAUCUAUAAAGAUGCCAUCUAUCUGUCCACGAGUGUUCACUGCCAACGCUAUGUCAUGAAUGAAUUCGAUGAGCUGCAUGACUGUUGAGUGGCCAGCACGUAAUCCACAUUGCCACUGGGAGAUGACACUAUUAUCAGCUAAAAACCUGCUGAUAUGUUUAUGAAUGAUAUGCUCUCAAAGCUUACAGCAUGUGUUAUUUAAAGAAAUUGGCCAAUAGUCAGAAGACAUCUCUAUGUUGCCAUUUUCAAAUACCGGGAUGACAGUGGCAAUUUUCCAGAGACGAGUGACAGUGCAUGACUCAAUCGAUUUUUUAAUGUAAUGGUUGCGUGACAAAUAACUCAUUCAUAGUACCUUUUCAAAAGUCACUUGGAACACGAUCUGGUCCACCGCUUUUGGUUGUUUCAAUACCAAGCAGAAGGUUAAGAACCCCUACUAUGGAUAUUUGGAUAUCAGAAAUGGGCUGCACCAUGUCGUGUGCUCUGGAGCUUGGGUUGGUACCAUCGUGAGAGACAACAACAGGUUUAAAGUGGUAGCUAAUAGCUUCAGAUAUAGAACAAGGAUCAGAACAGGGUUAGCCCUCAAUAACAGAUACAGAUGAAACCAGGGAUACAGGGUUAAUAGAUUUCCAAAAUUUCGCUGGGUUAGCUUUCAUGACCGUAACCAGCGCGUUUUUAUAAAAUAAGUUUCUUCCAUCACACAUUUUAGUGUUUAAUGUUGGCUUCAGUCAGUUUAGCAAAAAAUGAUGCCGACUGUAUGGCGGGGAACUCCGACGCUUGCGAAGUUGUUUGAGUUGUCGCGUUAGAUUGGACGAUAUACCUCUUGUACCAGGGUCGUUUCAAGUUACGUUUUACGCAUCUUUUGGAACAAAUUUCAAUAUGGUAAGUGUUCAGUUUUAACAAACUAACGUAAUAAUAUAUCUGGCAAAAAGUACGCAGUGUACUUUAUGUGUAAACAUUUGUAUUAGUCAGUGAUCGUUUGAAAUUUACUUUUUUUAUCGAACUUCCAAGCACAAAGUGGCGGCCGCUUCGCCAUUGACACUAGUCGAAAGCAAAACACGGUAAAGACAGCAACGAAAAUUCAGAAUCAAGUGUAAAAUUAGGUAUCUUUUCAGCGUUUUUACACAUGCCCCAAACUUUGAAUUUGUUUAAACACGCAUGAAAGUGCAGCGGCUUAAUUUGCUACCUAUUUUUAUAGGAAUGUUGCUUUGACCGGCAACAUAUGUUCACUGCGUCUGGUUUCGUAUUCCAUGACUGCGUCAGGUAAGACAUGCUCGGAGAAACCUGUAAAAUUCGUGUUCUAAACUUUUUAAUGAAGCGAGGAUGCUUCGCGAAAUGUGCGGGUACCUUUAAGUGGGGUCAAGGGAACUACUGCUUGUCAGCGUGUGCAUACGAGGCAAUUGAUGAGGCUGACGGGCGACUGGUUUCCCGUGCACAUCUGGACAAGUACUACGCUUCUGCUCCUGUUAAAAAUAGGAAUAUUCACUGUCCAUGAGUUUUCGCACGCGAUAUGAGCACCUGAGAAUAUUUAUCAAGUGCUGCUUUACUGCAAUACCCUCAAACCCUUUUGUCUGUUGAAUGGACUUUGCGGAGUUUCCACACUCACGUAAGUACUUGGAUCGAUGGUGGGCCUACUUCGCUUGUAAACUUAAUGGGCUCUAUAUCUGUAUUCUGUUACUAUUUAAAACACUGGCAUGUGCAUGAAAAGCUAUCUAGUCGACAAUAUUGCGGUCACGGUUGUAAUUGGUGUUAGGAGCCCGUAGGUCCGCAAGAAAUAAAUUGCCAAACGUAUGCGAAGUGACUUCCUUUUCAGUUUAGGCGUUUCAUUUUGUUACUUGGAGUACUGCCAUCUUUGCCUUGUCCAAGUCCUACCAAUCGAAUGCUGGGAUUUUAUUGAACACACGUCGUUUUUCCAUCAGGCCAGACUCGAGGCAGCGGCGUGCUUACAAUCUCGCAGCUUUGCCUCUACUACUAUCCUCUUCAAACCAACGCGCACAAUUCUUACCAGAACUUUCACUAAACAGUGUCACCCCACCAGCUUCCGCAUGCAGAAUAAUAUUCUUUAUCAUGCUGAGCCGUUAACUAUUUCUUCAGCUAUUCAUACUCUCGCGCUGUAGCACCUGGCAAAUGCACAUUACGCUGCAAGAACGUCUGCAUCGUAUUAGCUUCUCGGGUAUCAUUAUAUAUGAUAGCAUUCUGGAAGACUGUUGUGCACUAUGGGAAUCACUAGAUACGAAGCAUCUUUGAUGCAGAUGUUUGUGUUUAUGCUAAAUGCGUUGGUGUUAUGUGAUGUUGCAUUGUAGAUACUAUUUUACGUUAAGUAUACGUUGUGUUAAUGGCAUGUGGUAACAUUGUGUUGGAGCAACACACGAUAAUAAAUUAAGCUUUCUUUA